CCCAGCUUCAAAAAUGUGACUCAUGGCUGCUCCAGCAAAAGGAUCAGGAGCAGUUUCUGGGUUGGUGCAAGAGCCCCACAGGACACAAAGAGGUUGAAGAUGAGAGGAACCUGGCUGGGUGUGGCUGUUGGACACCUGCUGGCCCUGGGACACUGGCACAGAUGGAGAAACAUGGCAGACUCCAGAAAGUUCAGGCUGUUUUUCUGCCUGGUGGGGCUCAGCAGUGUCAGCUUCUGCCUUUUCUACAGCUGGACCCAAUUCUGCACGUCCUGUGAGAGCGGCCAGGGUUACACGGGGACUUUCAGGAGGAUGGAAGGGAACUUCUCCCAGCUCCCAGACAUUGACUGCAUCAAGAACCCUCCCUUCCUCGUCCUGCUGGUGGCCUCCUCGUGCCAGCAGGUGGAUGCCAGGAUGGCCAUCAGACACACCUGGGGCCAGCACAGGACAGUGGCUGGCAAGCGCCUGGUGACGUUUUUCCUGCUGGGGAGCCCUGGGGAUGCCAGCCAGCAGGCUGGCAUCGCUGCUGAGAGCCAGAGGUACAGAGACAUCAUCCAGAAGAACUUUACAGACACCUAUUACAACCUGACCCUGAAGACCAUGAUGGGAAUCGAGUGGAUCCACAGGUUUUGCUCCCAGUCCAGCUUUGCCAUGAAAACUGACACGGAUGUGUUUGUCAAUGUUUUUUACCUCACUGAGCUGCUUCUGAGGAAAAACAAGACUGCUGGAUUCUUCACAGGCUUUUUAAAACUGCACGAGUACCCCAUCAGGACAAGAAGGAGUAAGUGGUAUGUGAGUAGGGAAGAGUAUCCAGGAGAGACCUACCCACCCUUCUGUUCUGGGACUGGGUAUGUUUUAUCCACUGAUGUGGCCAGCCAGAUCUAUAACAUUUCUGAGAGCGUUCCAUUCAUUAAACUGGAGGAUGUGUUCGUAGGCCUGUGCCUUGACAAAUUAAAAAUUCAGCUGGAGGAGCUCCACUCGGAGCAGACGUUUUUCCCAGAAAGGAUCAGGUUCUCUGACCCUCGCUUCAGGAAAAUCGUGACGUGCCAUGGAAUAAAACCCCCCGAGCAGAUGAGCUACUGGAACCACUUAGUGGCAGGAACUCCAGGAGUGCUCUAGCACCUGCCCUGCUCCACUGGACUAACUGAAAUUCUCUGCUUUUACAGGGCUGCUCCCCACUCCAGCAAACUCCCAAUUUACUCCAGCUCCGUGCCACGUUAACGACUUUGAAAUGGUUAUUUUAAUCACAGAAUCAGAGAACUCUUAAGGCUGGAAAAGACCCCCAAGAUCACUGAGUCAAAUCUUUGAUUAAAAACCCCCUUGUCAACUAAACCAGAGCACUGAGUGCCACAUCCAGUCAUUCCUUGAACCCCUCCCUGGGCAGCCCCUUCCAGUGCUUAACACUCUUUCUGUCAAAAAAUUCUUUUUUUCUGCCCAAGAACGUGCAAACCUCCUUCUCUCCCAAUCACUCCCAUCUCUGUGCAUCCCUUCUCUACUUACAAUAAUUAGUAGUUUUUUGUUGUUUUUUUUUUUUUUUUCCUGAAAAAUCCAGGGUUGCUAACCCACCCUCCAAAUCCUGCUGCCACGGGCCUGGGAACAUUUCUGCUGUGCCAAACAAAAAGAAGUCAAAGCAUUUUUUGUUCAGAGAAUCAAAUCCUGGUCGCCCCUUGAUAAAUCACAUCUGUGCAGGAAUAUAAGGAAUGGUAUUUGUGGCUGCCAGGAUGCUCCCUCCUGGCAGAGGAAGCUGCAGCCCUGCCCUUGCAGCCAGCUCUGAGUGGGCUGGGCUGCAUCCUGGCACAGAUCCCUCCUUCAGUCCACACCCAUUUCUUUUUUUUUGCAGAGAUUUGCCCGUGCAAUGCUCUCAGGACAACCUUGGGCACUGCAGGUCACCUGGUGGACGUGUAAAAGCUGCUGCAGUGUUUCCCUGUGUGUGCUCCCUCCCAAAAAUAACCCAUGUGGACCCAGUGGAGGGUGUCCUGCUCUUCCUAUUACAACAGACCCUGGAGGCAUCACUGAUAUUUGUGUCUCACUUUGCCUGAGAGCUACUGUGAAUGGUUUGCCCAGGUUAAACUAGAGCCACUUGCAGUGAUUCAGACAUUUUUUUCCCAAAGAGAAACUGGUUGUGUGAG